CCAUAUCGCACCUCACGAAGCGGGUUCGGCAAUUGAGCCUGUAUGCCAUUCGGUGAUCUUUUACCUCGUACAUCUAUCUGUACCUAUUCCCUCUGGCCAUAGUUACACCUGCCUUUUAUUUUGCGCCGGCAUGGCCAGCUUCCAGAAAUCGGUGUCCAAAAGAAUGGCCGGCCGAUAAUCAUCCGAUCCCCUUCCUCCUAACUUUCAUCCGGGGCACUUAUCACUCUACUCACGCAACCACAACAACCACACAAUAGACUUAUCGCCGCCAAAUCUUGAACCAUCCAACAACCUCCAGUCCUCAACCCUUACAAUAACCUUCAUUUCCAUUCAACACAUCUCCCACAACACAAAUCAGAAUGACAACAACCUCCCAACCCUCCGGCCUCCACAUCCUAAUAGUAGGCGCCGGCUUCGCGGGGCUCUCCGCCGCUAUCGAAUGUACUUGUAAGGGUCACAGAGUUACGCUUUUUGAGAAAGUUUGCUCUAUUGACGAGAUUACUCGCUAUGGAGACAUUAUUUCGUUCGAUCCCAACGGAUCGCGCGUCUUUGAGAAGUGGGUAUAUCCAGAUAAGUCGUCGGUGGCAGAAAAGAAUGGAGGAAAUUUCUCGACAGACGGAUUGGUUGGAUUUGUGUCAUUACCGGGGAAAAGGGGAGCUACAUCGGUUGAUGUGGGGGUGAGGGUUGUAGAGUAUUUUGAGAGUGAUGGUGAUGAGAAAAAGGGACCACAAGCUGGGGUGAUGGAGAAAGUGAUGGGUGAUGCUGUGUUGGCUGCCGAGGGAGUUCGGUCGAGGGGGAGAAAGUUGGUGCUUGGACUGGAGGAGGAUGAGCAGCCCAAGAGUUCGGGGUAUGCGGUUUACAGGGCUUGGUUCCCUUCUGAACCUGUCAUUGCGAAGAAUCCAGUUACGAAACAUGUGGUGGAAAAUGGAGAUCAACAAAAGGGGUAUAUUGGACCGGAUAUUCACUUUCUGGUUUCUAGCAUCAAGGGCGGCAGCGAGAUCAAGUGGGUGUUUACCCACAUCGACGACGGCAACAUUGAAGAGUCGUGGCAGUUCCCAGGAAAGCCGGAAGAGGCUUUGGCUUACCUUGAGGGAUGGUGUCCUGUGGUGAGGGAACUGGUCAAAGCUACGCCGCCGGGAAGGUUGAUCGACUACAAGCUUGUCUACCGCGAGCCAUUGCCGACUUUCGUCAGUCCCAAGGGGAGGAUUGCGCUCAUAGGAGACGCGGCGCACCCAUUUCUGCCGACGUCGAUUCAAGGCGCUAGUCAAAGCAUUGAAGACGGGACUGUAGUGGCUGCGGGGAACAUGUCAAAGGAGCAGGUGAUGCCGACAGCCCUCAAAACUUACGAGAAACUGAGGUGGCAUAAGGCGGACUGGAAUGGACCGGAAGGAGUCUGGAAGGUUCCAGAGAAGCUUUGGCUGCUGAGGGAGGAGUGGCUGUUGGGAUUUGAUGCUGAGGGAGAUACCUAGUAUAGACGGUGGCCUGAUAUUGUCAAGGAAUUUGCAUAGAAAGAAUGAUGGGGGGAAGGGGAGGAAUUUGGUGGAGUUGGAUGGGAGCAGUGGGAAGGC